AGUUAGCUUAUCUUCGGCGUACUGUCAACGAACGGAAGCCAUCAUGAGGGACGACUUCGACGGGCCCCAUGAGGACGGCUCCUACAAGUGGGCCAUACAAACUGAAGGAGGAAUCUACCACGAGCAGCGAGGGUCCCUGCAGCCCAGCUCGUCGGGAGAACCGGCCCUGGUGGUGGAAGGACAGUACCAGUAUGUGGCGCCUGAUGGCCAGGUAAUCAACCUGCUCUACCGAGCUGAUGAAAACGGUUUCCAGCCCCAAGGAGCGCAUCUGCCCACGCCGCCACCAAUCCCGCCGGCCAUACAGCGAGCGCUCGACUAUCUGGCAACGCUACCGCCCUCUAAGGACUACCAGUGAACUACGAAACAUGGCCGACUUUUGAACCUUUUCUUUACAAACCAGUGAACUAUAGAAAAUGGCCGAUUUUAUUAACUUUCAAUAUAAAUGUUAAGCGAUAGAGAAUCCUGUAAAGACGCCCAUGGAUGUAAAAUAACUUACUGGAAAGACUUAAUUAAAAAAUGUAACCCUCCUUCUGGCGCAGUCGAGUAAAAAGAGAGAAUUUCACCGAAUUAUUUUUUUUACAGCA